GCUGCCUGGUUUUCUAGGAUGGCGCAGAAAAAAAUGUGUCAUUAUCUCUGCUGAAGGCUUACGGGAGAAAUUCCUCAAAGGGAACUUGACUUUUGUCUGGGCACCUUCCCUGCCUCCUUCCCUGCGCGUAGCGUCAGUUCCAUCGGGUGCCCACCCCACACGUGCUACACAGAGGGCUCUGACUUUCGGUAAGCGACGGUGGUUCAGGAAACCAAGGGGCCCACACAGGAAGGAGCACAGUGGGACUUUCCUCUUGCUGCCUCCCGGCUCUGCCGUCCUGUCUCGUCGGCCUAGGGUCCCCAUCUGCCAGGCAGGUUGCACUCAUGGCGCCUCCCAGUGAGGAGACACCCUUGAUUCCUCAGCGCUCCUGUAGCCUCUCGUCCUCAGAGGCUGGUGCCCUGCACGUGCUGCUGCCCACUCGGGGCCCUGGGCCACCCCUGCGCCUAUCUUUCUCCUUUGGGGACCACUUGGCUGAGGAGCUGUGUGUGCAGGCUGCCAAGGCCAGCGGCAUCCUGCCUGUGUACCACUCACUCUUUGCCCUGGCCACGGAGGACCUGUCCUGCUGGUUCCCCCCGAGCCACAUCUUCUCUGUGGAGGACGCGGGCACCCAAGUCUUGCUCUACAGGCUCCGCUUUUACUUCCCCAACUGGUUUGGGCUGGAGAAGUGCCACCGCUUCGGGUUACGCAAGGAUCUGACCAGUGCCAUCCUUGACCUGCCAGUCCUGGAGCACCUCUUUGCCCAGCUGAUGCUUCCUGUGACUGGCCCCCAGCACCGCAGUGACCUGCUGAGCGGGCACCUCCCUGUAGGCCUCAGCCUCAAGGAGCAGGGUGAGUGUCUCAGCCUGGCCGUGCUGGACCUGGCCCGGAUGGCCCGUGAGCAGGCCCAGCGGCCAGCGGAGCUGCUAAAGACCGUCAGCUACAAGGCCUGCCUGCCCCCCAGCCUGCGCGACAUGAUCCAGGGCCUGAGCUUCGUCACGCGGAGGCGCAUUCGCAGGACUGUGCGUCGGGCCCUGCGCCGCGUGGCCGCCUGCCAGGCAGACCGGCACUCGCUCAUGGCCAAGUACAUCCUGGACCUGGAGAGGCUGGAUCCAGCGGGGGCCGCCGAAACCUUCCGCGUGGGGCUCCCAGGGGCCUCCGGGGGCCAGGAUGGGCUGAGGCUGCUCCGCGUGGCUGGUGGCAGCGGCCUGGCCUGGAGCCCGGGAGAAGACCAGGCCUUCCAGCCUUUCUGCGACUUUCCAGAGAUCGUAGACAUUAGCAUCAAGCAGGCUCCUUGUGUUGGUCCGGCCGGGGAGCACCGCCUGGUCACCGUCACCAGGACAGACAACCAGAUCCUGGAGGCUGAGUUCCCGGGGCUGCCUGAGGCGCUGUCCUUCGUGGCGCUCGUGGACGGCUACUUCCGGCUGACCACGGACUCCCGGCACUUCUUCUGCAAGGAGGUGGCACCACCGCGGCUGCUGGAAGAGGUGGCCGAGCAGUGCCACGGCCCCAUCACUCUGGAUUUCGCUGUCCACAAGCUCAAGGCUGCAGGCUCACGGCCAGGCUCCUAUGUUCUCCGCCGCAGCCCGCAGGACUUCGACAGCUUCCUCCUAACCGUCUGUGUCCAGACCCCCCUGGGCCCUGACUACAAGGGCUGCCUCAUUCGGCGAGACCCCCCAGGAACCUUCUCCCUGGUUGACCUUGGCCGGCCCCACAGCAGUCUUCGAGAGCUCCUGGCAGCCUGCUGGGAAGGUGGGCUGCACGUCGAUGGGGUGGCACUGACCCUCACCUCCUGCUGCACCCCCAGACCCAAAGAAAAGUCCAACCUGAUUGUGGUCCGGAGUGGUUGCAGCCUGCCCACGUCAUCCCCUGUUCAUCCCCAAUCCCAACGCCAGCUGAGUCAGAUGACAUUUCACAAGAUCCCUGCCAACAGCCUGCAGUGGCAUGAGAACCUGGGCCAUGGGUCCUUCACCAAGAUUUACCGGGGUUGUCGCCACGAGGCUGUGGAUGGUGAGGCCCGAGACACAGAGGUGCUGUUGAAGGUGAUGGAUGCCAAGCACAAGAACUGCAUGGAGUCAUUCCUGGAAGCCGCAAGCUUGAUGAGCCAAGUGUCCUACCAGCAUCUCGUGCUGCUCCAUGGCGUGUGCAUGGCUGGAGACAGCACCAUGGUGCAGGAAUUCGUACACCUUGGAGCAAUAGACAUGUAUCUGCGCAAGCGUGGCCACCUGGUGCCAGCCAGCUGGAAGCUGCAGGUGACCAAACAGCUGGCCUAUGCCCUCAACUAUCUGGAGGACAAAGGCCUUCCCCAUGGCAAUGUCUCAGCUCGGAAGGUGCUCCUGGCUCGGGAGGGGGCUGAUGGGAGCCCACCCUUCAUCAAGCUGAGUGACCCUGGGGUCAGCCCCACAGUGCUAAGCCUGGAGAUGCUCACCGACAGGAUCCCCUGGGUGGCCCCUGAGUGUCUCCAGGAGGCCCAGACACUUGGCUUGGAAGCUGACAAGUGGGGCUUCGGUGCCACAGUCUGGGAGGUGUUCAGUGGGGUCACCAUGCCCAUCAGCACCCUGGAUCCUGCCAAGAAACUCCAGUUUUACGAGCAACGGAAGCAGCUGCCAGCCCCCAAGUGGACAGAGCUGGCCUUGCUGAUCCAACAGUGCAUGGCCUACGAUCCAGGCCAGAGGCCCUCCUUCCGAGCCGUCAUCCGUGACCUCAACAACCUUAUCACUUCAGAUUAUGAGCUCCUCUCAGACCCCACACCUGGUGCCCUGGCGCCCCGUGAUGGGCUGUGGAAUGGUGCCCAGCUCUAUGCCUGCCAGGACCCCACCAUCUUUGAGGAGAGACAUCUGAAGUACAUCUCACAGCUGGGCAAGGGCAACUUUGGCAGCGUGGAGCUGUGCCGCUACGACCCGCUGGGGGACAACACAGGCGCCCUGGUGGCUGUGAAGCAGCUGCAGCACAGUGGGCCAGACCAGCAGAGGGACUUCCAGCGAGAGAUCCAGAUCCUCAAAGCCAUGCACAGUGACUUCAUCGUCAAGUACCGCGGUGUCAGCUAUGGCCCCGGCCGCCAGAGCUUGCGUCUGGUCAUGGAGUACCUGCCCAGCGGCUGCCUGCGCGACUUCCUGCAGCGGCACCGCGCGCGCCUGGACGCCAGCCGGCUCCUCCUCUACGCCUCGCAGAUCUGCAAGGGCAUGGAGUACCUGGGCUCCCGCCGCUGCGUGCACCGCGACCUGGCUGCCCGGAACAUCCUAGUGGAGAGCGAGGCGCACGUCAAGAUCGCUGACUUCGGCCUGGCCAAGCUGCUGCCGCUCGACAAAGACUACUACGUGGUCCGCGAGCCCGGCCAGAGCCCGAUCUUCUGGUACGCCCCCGAGUCCCUCUCGGACAACAUCUUCUCGCGCCAGUCAGACGUCUGGAGCUUCGGGGUCGUCCUGUACGAGCUCUUCACCUACAGCGACAAAAGCUGCAGCCCCUCGUCCGAGUUCCUGCGGAUGAUGGGAUGUGAGCGAGAUGCCCCUGCCCUCUGUCGCCUCCUGGAACUGUUGGAGGAGGGUCAGAGGCUGCCGGCGCCUCCUGCCUGCCCUGCUGAGGUUCACGAGCUCAUGAAGCUGUGCUGGGCCCCUAGACCCCAGGACCGGCCGUCAUUCAGCACCUUGGGCCCCCAGCUGGAGGCGUUGUGGGGUGGAAGACGGGGGUAGCAGCUGGGGUGUGAGACCCAGGUCUUCCGUGCUCAUCCAGAGGGCAAACCCCACUCCCUGUCAUUUUUAUAGCUCCUGCACAUAAACUUCUGGAUUUGGUCUUUA